UGCACAAAUCCCCUAGAUUUAUGCAAAACGUGGAGAGCAAUCACUAAAAUUAGAUAAGAGAAGAAAGAGCAAUCUGUUCAUUCAUGCUAGUCACUUAGAUAUAGGACGACCUCUCUAUAUAUCUUGAGAACUGCAAAUACUAGCAUUUUCUCACUUAUUUAGAUAGUUUGAGGGGUUUCAAAAAGCUUCUUGUUUUUUGUAGUUACAUUAUUAAGUUUUAGCAAAAAUGAAGUAUGAUAGUUUCUUCGCGAGGAGUUUUAGCAAGCAUGAGCAGAAGAAAUUAGGAAUUGGAGCUUUCGUUAGUUGCUUCAUCAUAGCUGCCACCUUUUGUGUUCUCUUCAAGCCUGAAAUUCGUCAUUUUCAAGUUGUGAAUGUUAAGGUUUCUCUUCGUGGUGGCCCCAAAAUUCUAGCAAUAACAGAGGAAGUCGCCAAGCCAAAAAAGCCAUAUUUUGAAAUAGAACAAGAGAAACCAAUUUGCAAUGUCACACAUCCAAGAGCUGACCUCUGUGAGAUGAAUGGCGACAUAAGAAUUCAUGGAAAUUCAUCAACUAUUUACUUAGUUUCAACUUAUCAAUUAGCAGCUGAAAAAAACAACUCAUGGAGCAUAAGACCAUAUGCUAGAAAAGGUGACAACAGAGCAAUGGACAGUGUUACAAAUUUAACAGUCAAAAAAGUUCACAUUUCUCAAGAAAUCCCAAUUUGCUCUAGAAAUUACACUGUCCCUGCAGUUAUUUUUUCAACUAAAGGAUAUGCUGGAAAUCACUUCCAUGAUUUCACUGAUGUGCUAAUUCCAUUAUUCCAAACUUCGCGACGUUUCAAUGGUGAAGUCCAAUUUCUGAUUACUAACAAAAUGCCUUGGUGGAUCAACAAGUACAAACCGGUGCUACAAAGAUUAUCAAAGUAUGAGAUUAUUGAUAUUGACAAGGAAAAAGAAGUGCUUUGUUACCCAAGUAUGACAAUUGGCUUGAAAGCCAAUAAAGAAUUCAGCAUUAAAACUUCAGAAUCUCCUUACUCUAUGAGGGACUUCACAAAAUUCUUGAAAAGUACUUAUUCCUUGAAGAGAAAAAUGGCGGUGAGAUUGAAAAAGAAUGCUGAUGAUCAAGGAAGAAAAAAUAUGCCCCGGCUUCUUAUAAUUUCAAGAAGCAAAACGAGACGUUUUGCCAACGUUGAAGAGAUUGUUACAUUGGCUAGAAGCUUGGGAUUCAAAGUGGUUGUGGAAGAAACAGCGGAAAAUUUGGCUAAAAUUGCCAAAAAAGUGAAUUCAUUUGAUGUAUUAAUGGGAGUGCAUGGUGCUGGAUUGACUAAUAUGGUUUUUUUGCCAGAAAAAGCAGCUGUUAUACAAAUAGUGGGAUUGGGAAUGGAAUGGGUAUCUAAAGUGGACUUUCAAAUUCCAGCUAUGGACAUGAAUUUGAAGUGUUUGGAUUACAAGAUUAGCGUAAAUGAGAGUUCUUUAAUCCAACAAUAUCCACUUGAACAUCAUGUGUUAAGGGAUCCUCCUGGUAAUAUGAUUUCUCCUCAAGGAUGGGUUUCAUAUAGGAAAAUUUAUUUAGAUCAGCAAGAUGUAAAAAUUGAUGUAAAUAGAUUUAGAGGAACUCUCUUGAAAGCAUUAGAGCUUUUGCGGAGUUGAGUGUUUUUUUUUUUUUGGUGUGUGUUCUCUAAUAAACAAAGGCACAGAAACAGGAAAAUCUUUAUUCAAUCUUUUCUUGUUUCACCAUCGUUUUUUUUUUUUUUGGUUUAACUUAGAUUGUGUAGUUAAUUGUUCUUUCUCUUUUUGCUUAUCCUAAAUCCAGAUGGCAUAUUUUUGAAAGUCAAUUUUGUAGCUAAAAAAAAGGAAUAGAGAGAAAAAAAAUUAAUAUAAAAACCUUAUGCAUAUUAAAAGGGGAAAUAGGUAGUUUGUGUCCAGAGACUAAUAAAUUCAGUAAUUGAAGAAGAAAUAAUAGCAAUAUAGGUUGACAUUUAGAUUCGCACGACUCUUAGAGCCUUCUUGAGUUUAAAUAUUUUUCACAAUCGCCUGUUCUUUUUCUGUUUUCUAAAUCAGAAUAGCUACUUGUUAGAAUAAAUAUCAUAAUUCAAACCAAGAGCAAGUGCAUUUAAAAUGAUUUUCUGAACCACGGAAACCAUCCAUUGAAUUUGAAAAAGAAAAGAAAAAAAGGGAGCCACUCAUUCUUGAUUAGUUUGACGUACUUUGCGCUUUCACUCGUACAUUCAUAAAGUCCCAAGAGAGUUGCCAUAGACUAUACCUUGUUUAACAGCUUAAAUGAAUUUAGUAGAGAAAAUUUCAUGGAGAAGUACGAACAUUUUGCAAGUUGUUCAAGCUUUGCUCUAUGUGAAACUCAGACAGAGAGCACCGUUCAUUUGUUCUAACCAAUUAUGACAACUUCUCUUGAAUUCCAUUGAAACAACCUAACGGUUUUUGUUUCUGCUAGAAUUUGAACCCCGUUCUCAUUUCACUUCAUGGACUGCUAGACCCUAGGGUGCUAACAGUUGUCUUACAUUAGACGGUGACAGGAAGAAAUCAUCAACCCUAAAAGUGAAGCCAUAAAAAUUGUUACAGCUCCUAGCAAUAAUUUAUCAAUCCCCUUCUC